AUGUUCAGAUUUGGAAAUCUCAACAUUUCCGAAAAAGAGGUGUUUUAUGAAAGUGAGCACACUGUAGGCUUAGUCAAUUUGAAGCCUAUCUCUUUUGGCCGUAGGCAUGUAUUAGUUGUUCCUAAGCGUAUGACGCUUCGAUACUCUGAUUUACUUGAGAAAGAGAUAAUUGAUCUUACUCUCUCAGCAAGACGCAUAAGUAAAGCGAUAUCGCAAUUGUAUCCUGAAACAAAGGAAGGAUUAGUAUGGUUAUUUCAAGAUGGAAUAGACGCUGGUCAAACAGUUCCACAUGUUCAUCUACAUCUAAUACCAAAAAGAUUUAUAGAUUGGUGCAGAGACAGUCAAGAUCGUGAAAAUAGAAGCAUCUUGGAGAUGGAAAAUGAGGCUAAGCUGCUAAGAGAUCUAUUGAAUAAAGUUCAAUAA